GGACAUUGUUCUUCACAGUCCGUCUCACGGGCCACCACCACUCUUUCCUGUCUGUGCUGUCCGCUAACUUGCGUCGGUGGCUGCUGCUCGCUGCCAUCGCUGUCACUGGACCCGAGUGAGUGAUACGCUUUAGUCCGAAACGGCGUGUGAAGUUCACUACAAAGCACACCUGGGGCACGUGAAGAGUCAUAUUUAGACGUGGCUUAAACUUGGGCUCUUCUCCUCGAGACCCCUCGACGUCUGCCACCACUUAACUCUCCCGAGCAGCGGGAAGUCUACACUAUUUUUACUUAUUCGAAAGGCCUUACGUCAUCGUCUAGGACUGCUUCAGCCACGUCAGGGGGCAUUUCGAGUAGCUUCAGCCAUGACUCGACUCAGGUCAAGUCGAGCCUCUCGACUCCAGCCGUUCCUUCUCGCAGUCGCUUUCUUGUCCGCUUUCAUCGCACUCUCCUCGGCGCAUGCCGGGUGUCCCGAGGAGACCGUCUCUCUCUGCAAGGUCGCCGACGAUCCCGCUCUCUGUCAGCAAGCCAUCUGCUCUCGUGCAACCGACGCCGCCAGUUACGCCGUACGGGGCCGAUCCCUCGUGGAAGGCGCGUCGCGAACCAACGACUUGCUGACCUCGCUGGCUGUUGAGGCCGCGGAGGCGGAAGUGCGAGGGCUUCGUGGACAAGUGGUAGCGCUGGAGGCGGACAGCGACAGCGGAAAGCUUGAGCGUGCGGUGGCGCGCGAUUGCAUAGACCAGCUGGACAUGGCGUCCAACUACCUCGUGAAGGCGUACGAGUCGCUCCGAUCCAACGACGAGCCCGAGGGCCAAGCCCACUGGGUCUCGGCAGCGCUCGCCCUCACCUCGCAGUGCACCUCCGCGCUCUCCGACGCCUCUCCACCCGUCACUCCCUCCGUCAAGCUCGCUUCCUCCGCCGUCACCGCUUCGAUCGCGUCCGUUGAUGGCGUCAACGGUGCCCAACUCACCGCCGUGGCAGGCGCCGCUUCAGGCACGAGCGCCAUAACGACCGUGUCCAAAUCUCUGAACACGGGACUGGGCAGAGAGUGCAAAGACUACAUCUCGAACGCGCUCUCUGUCGUCGCGUCCCUUCGCGGCGUGGAGGACGACGACGAUGAGGAAGGCGAGGAGCCUCCGGAACUGGCGGCUGGAAGUGCGGGGAGGAAGACGUUGGAGCGGGAGGAAGGAAGCACGGAGAUGAUUCCUGAGAUGGAGUCGAUCAGCGAGGACAUGGCGGCUGUGCUUGCGGAGUUCGGGGGAAGCGCCGAGGAGGUCGAGAGCGUGCGUCGCGGCGGGAGGAAGUUGAUUGGCGGGAGGAUUACUCAGAGGGCCGAGAGGGUGCUGCGAGGCGUGGGUGUGUCGCGCGCGACGGCUGGCGCGUCGUCGGGCGACGUGAACGGUCGCCCAGAUUGGGUGGACCCGAACGAGGAGCACCACAUGCGAGAGCUGCAGCACUUCAUGCGACACCACUAUCGCAUCCUUCGCGAAGCGUUUCCGACCAACUUUUCGCAGCACUGGGAGGCCAACCGUGGUCGCACGCUCGUAGUGCCCAUGCCACCCGCGCUCAACGCUGUUAUCAGCCAGCUCGACGUCACUCCCGCGCCAAAGCCGCUCGCUACUACCGCCGCAACAACAGCUGCGCCUGCUGCUCCUAAGCCCGUGCCCAAAGCCGCUCCGACGACCGUGCCCAAGGUUGCGCCCAAGACCCUCCCUAAGGCCGCUCCUAAAACUGUUCCGAAGACUGCCCCUAAGACCCUUCCGAAAACUGCCCCUAAGACCGCCCCUAAGACCGUUCCUAAGGUCGCUCCUAAGACGGUGCCCAAGACAUCCCCAAAGACCCUACCCAAUGCCCCCAAGACCCUACCCAAUGCCCCCAAGACCCUACCCAAUGCCCCCAAGACCCUACCCAAUGCCCCCAAGACCCUACCCAAUGCCCCCAAGACCCUACCCAAUGCCCCCAAGACCCUACCCAAUGCCCCCAAGACCCUACCCAAUGCCCCCAAGACCCUACCCAAUGCCUCCAAUACCCUACCCAAUGCCCCCAAGACCCUACCCAAUGCCUCCAAUACCCUACCCAAUGCCCCCAAGACCCUCCCCAAGGCCCCUGCGACUGUUCCUAAGGUCGUUCCGAAGACUGCCCCUAAGACCACCACUACCGCGUCACCUAAGGUGGCAUCGAAGGCGGCACCGAAGACGGCACCGAAGACUGCGCCGAAGGCCGCGCCGAAAGCAUCGCCAGUGAUAAAGGCUCCUGUCUCCGGACCGGGUGUGGGGGUGGCGGAGGUGCCCCCCCCGGCUUCCAACACCCCGCAGAUGAACGUGUUCGCGGCGUCGGCGACGCUGAAGCUGCCGUACCUGCAGCCCGACUAUGUGGUGUCGAAGGACGGCCAGAAUGGCCACUACUCGACGGUGCAGCAAGUGAUGGAGGAGCUGCGCAUGGCGCAGCUGGAGGACCGGCGCAAGGUGGUCUACAUCAUGAAGGGCACCUACAGGGAGAAGGUGACGCUGCGCAAGGACAGAGUCGUCUUCCUCGGGGAAGGCCCCAAGCUCACCAAGAUCGCCUUCGACGCUAGCCCCGCCAAGGGCUUCACCGUCUUCGACUCCGCCUCUGUCGGCAUCAACGCGAACGAGUUCACGGCGAUGGGCAUCACGUUCCUCAACACGGCGGGCGCCAAGGCGGGGCAGGCCAUCGCGCUGCGCUGCGAGGGCGACAAGAGCGCGUACUACGACUGCCUCUUUCUCGGCAACCAGGACACGCUCGCGCCUAACGUCGGCCGGCAGUACUUUAAGAACGUGGGCGUGCUGGGAUCCAUCGACUUCGUCUUCGGUGUCGCGUCCGCGGUGUUCGAAGACUGCACGUUCGUCAUGCGGCGCCCGCUUCCCGGGUACCAGGGAUGCGUGUCGGCGCAGGGCCGCGACAAGAAGAAGGACCCGUCGGCCUUCGUGUACCUGAGGGGCCGCGUGAUCGGCGAGGGCGCCGGGACGUACGGGUACCUGGGCCGGCCGUGGUGGGCGUACUCGAGGUCCAUCUUCGUCAGCGUUUACCUCGGACCGGUGAUUUCCCCUGGUGGGUGGCUGGAGUGGGACUAUGGCGGCGGCAAGAAGACGGUGUGGGGCGGCAAACCCUACUUCGCAGAGUACGGCUCGUAUGGCCCAGGCAGCAGGGGGCCUCGGGUGAAGUGGGCCAAUCCGGGCAAGAUCCCCUACAGGCAGACGUGGAGGUACUACCCCUCGCGGCUGCUGGACCUCAACAGCUGGGUCAAUGGCACCUUGAUUCCGUACCCGUGAGGAGCAGGCAUGGCAAGCAGCUAGGAACCCCAAGCCACCCACCCCUCCAGCACAGGAGAUAGCUUCUCUUCAGACCCUCCUGUCCAACGAAUAAAAAGGGGUUUCUGAACCUGCCUGCUGUUGCACUAAGUGGAGCUCACACUACUAGUGGCAGGGUUAGGGUGGAGAUAAAGCAUGCACUUUCCCUAAUAAUGGCAUUUGCUUGGUAGUUUCUUAAGUAGACCUAGAAGGCGGCUACAGCCCUGAGAUCAUGCCUGAAUGUGCUCUUGCCCUAAGAGCUAAAUUCAAGGAAUCGAAU